UGAGGUCGAGGUCAGAGAUCCAGCGAAGCCAGUUGAUAGUUUUGUGUCGUUGCCGUCAGAUCGAGCGGAGACUUUAACAACCGGCAUCAAGAUGGCUCCGUCAAUGAGUAAAUUUCUGUAUAGUCCAACUUCAGCAGUAGCGAUAUCGAGCGCAUUUAGCAUAUACUACCUUUCAAGAAGAAUGAAUUCCAGAGAAAAAGGAAAACUACAAAAAGUUGGAAGUAAAUCAGAAAUUCCUGUGGAGUUUCAGGGUGGAAAAUCUAAGGCACAAUCAAAAGAAAAAGCAGCAGUAGAUUCUGUUUUCUUCAGACGUUUGUUUUCUAUACUUCGGAUACUGGUACCAAGAAUCAAUUGUAAGGAGACAUUAUAUCUUCUACUGGUAGCAGCUUCGUUAGCAGCAAGAACUUACUGUGAUGUAUGGAUGAUACAAAAUGGAACAGCCAUUGAAAGUUCUAUAAUUGGGCGUGAUGUUACAUUGUUCAAGAAAUAUCUGUUUAAUUUCAUUUGUGCAAUGCCAGCUAUAUCCUUGAUAAAUAACUUGCUGAAAUAUGGUUUGAAUGAAGUCAAGUUAUUAUUCAGGACACGGCUAACGUCAUUUUUAUAUGAUCAAUACCUAAGUGGCUUUACAUACUACAAGAUGAGUAACCUUGACAAUCGUAUUGCUAAUGCUGAUCAGCUCUUAACACAAGAUGUAGAGAAGUUCUGCAAUAGCGUAGCUGACUUAUAUUCCAACUUAAGCAAGCCUUUACUUGAUAUCUUAAUAUACACUCGUGUGUUGACAUCAUCAAUUGGGGCUCAAGGACCAGCGUUCAUGUUGCUCUACUUGGCAGUGUCAGGUUUAGUUCUUACCAGACUGCGUCGACCUGUAGGUAAAAUGACAGUACAAGAGCAGCAAUAUGAAGGAGAGUUCCGCUUCGUUAACUCUCGCUUGAUUACAAACAGCGAAGAAAUUGCCUUUUAUCAGGGUAACAAGUGUGAAAGAAGGACCAUUUACCACACAUUCAAGAAAUUGGUUGACCAUUUACAUCAUUUUAUUUUCUUCCGUUUUUCAAUGGGCUUUAUUGACAACAUUAUUGCAAAAUAUAUUGCUACUGUUGUUGGCUAUUGCGUUGUGAGUAGACCAUUCUUAAACCUUCAACAUGAGCCCUUCUUACAUCUCAACCACUCAGAAAUAAUGGAGACGUACUACAGGGCAGGUUACAUGCUCUUGAGAAUGGCCAUGUCAAUUGGCCGAUUAGUACUUGCCGGUCGGGAAGGCAUAAGGCUCGCCGGGUUUACAGCAAGGGUAACAGAGCUGAUUACUGUCCUUAAGGACUUGAAUACUGGACGUUACGAAAGGACAAUGGUAUCAAACACAAAUAAAGACUCUGAUAGUGAAGAGGACAGUGAACCAUUAGUAGCAGGAAGUGGAAAGGUUAUAUUCAAGGAUGAUAUUAUAAGAUUUGAUAAUGUACCUUUGGUGACACCUAAUGGUGACGUACUAGUAAAAGCAAUGACCUUUGAGGUCACGAGAGGUAUGAAUGUGCUUGUGUGCGGGCCGAAUGGGUGUGGCAAAAGCUCCCUCUUCAGAAUCCUAGGAGAGCUGUGGCCUUUGUUUGGUGGUACAAUGACCAAACCAGAAGCUUGUAAAUUAUUCUAUGUACCUCAGAGGCCUUACAUGACCCUUGGAACUCUACGAGAUCAGAUAAUUUAUCCAGACACAAAAGAAGAUAUGGUCAGAAGAGGAGUGACUGAUGAACAACUUGCAGAAUCAAUGGAAAAGGUUCAGUUGGCAAACAUCUUGGAGCGUGAAGGGGGAUGGAAUGCUGUUCAAGACUGGAUGGACGUUCUUAGUGGCGGAGAGAAGCAGAGAGUUGCUAUGGCUCGCCUCUUCUACCACAAGCCGCAGUUUGCAAUCUUAGAUGAGUGUACAAGUGCCGUGAGUGUUGAUGUAGAGGGCUACAUCUACAAGCAUGCUAGAGAAGUUGGCAUCUCUCUGUUCACCGUCUCCCAUCGCAAGUCCUUAUGGAAAUACCAUGAGUUUUACUUGCAGUUUGACGGACGUGGCGCUUACGAGUACAAACGUAUAGAAGACAAUACAGUUGAGUUUGGCUCUUAGGCGAAACAAAGUAAAUGACUACAAAAAUAUCUUAACUUAGAAGUGAGAUUUUGUAGUGGUAAUUACUGUUAUGCAAACAUGUUUAUUAAAGAGAGACAUAAUUUUAUGAUUUCCGAAAUCUCCUAAUUGUUAAAUAUAUAUUGAUAUAUAUAUUAUUGUAUAUCAUUAUUUAUAUUGUUUUUAUUGAUAUUAUUUUGAUAUUGUUAAAUGAUAAUUCUGCACAGAUCUGUUUCUGUAUUAAUGUAAUAAAAUGUUUAGUAUAUACAACAUUUUGUGUGUGUGAAAUAAUUGUUUAGAACGCUCGCAUCGCGGUACCUAAAGCCUUUAACUUGAAUUCGUGGCUAUUAUUUCUAAGUUUAUCAGGCAUUAAAAUCUAUGUGACUUAUUUUUAUCGGAAAGUUGAAUUAUAUUUGCAAUAUAAAGUCAAUAGAUUUAUUAAUUUAAUGUAUAACUUAGAUGUGAUGAAGAUUGUACAAUGAGAUGUAUUUUAUAUUUUGUAUGCAAUUUACAGCUUUGUUUUAAGAUUAUUCUCAAAUUCUCUAGAAAGUUUAAUGAAAGAGCUACCAUCACUGGUGAUAUUUUAUAUUUAAAAAUGCUAUUUAACAAAGGCUUGUGAUAUCUAGGAAAAAAUAUUAUUUUGUCACGCCGAUGUUAUUCACAACAUUACUCUUCUAAGUCUAAUAUAAAACCACAGAACCAUAAAUUUGAAGUGUAAAAUAAUUAUAGUUCGAUAAUAAAUAUGAUCAAUUACUGAA